AUGGCCCCCAAGAAGGUUGAACCCAAGAAACCGGAACCGGCCAAGAAAGCAGAACCCAAGAAGGAAGCCGCCCCGGCUCCCAAGCCCGCCCCGUCGCCCGCUCCCGAGGUAGAACCUCCCAAAGAACCCGUGUUCGACCCCAAGAGCAUCACUCUGGAGUACACGGCCGAUCAGAUAGAGGAGUUCAAGGAGGCUUUCACGCUGUUCGACCGCACACCGACCGGGGAGAUGAAGAUCACCUUCGCCCAGUGUGGUGACGUGAUGCGGGCCCUGGGUCAGAACCCCACUAACGCCGACGUGUUGAAAGUGUUGGGAAAACCCAGGCCGGAGGAGAUGAGCACCAAGUAUGUGGACUUCGAGACCUUCUUACCCAUGCUGCAGCACAUCUCACGUUCCAAGGACCAGGGAAAUUUUGAGGAUUUCGUAGAGGGGCUUAGGGUCUUUGAUAAGGAGGGGAAUGGUACCAUUAUGGGAGCGGAGCUGAGGCAUGUUCUGGCAACACUGGGGGAGAGGAUGACAGAAGAUGAAGUAGACAGGCUCAUGGCUGGUCAGGAGGACGCCAACGGCUGCAUCAACUACUCAUCCUUCGUCAAGCACAUCCUGUCUGGAUGA